UUUAACGUCAAAAUGUUGCUUAGUCGGAGUGUAUUAUCGAGGAACCAAACCUAAGCGGGCCGACACCACCAGGAAAAUACACUGCUCAUGGGAAAAGCAUACUAGGAGGACACAUUCUAUUUUUUUCAACCUUCAUAAUGUCCGAUGAGGAAGAUGAUUAUAUGUCCGAUGCAUUCCUCAAUCAGAUACAAGAUGUCAAACCAGGUGUCACCAUGGUGAGGAGAGUAAAAGAAGCAAUGAAACGAGAAGAAAAGCACAAAGAGAUCAACAUUAAAAAUCGUCAAAAAACCUUCAAGGAGCAAGAAACGGAAAGCCGUGAAACAGCUUUACAAAGCUCCAUUAGUAAUAACAAUAAGGGAUUUGCACUUUUGCAGAAAAUGGGCUACAAAGCUGGGCAAGGCCUGGGAAAAGAAGGUGCUGGUAGAGUUGAUCCGAUUCCACUGAAUAUUAAAACUGACAGAGGCGGCAUUGGGAUGGAAGAAGCAAAGAAGAGAAAAGCUGAGGAGGAACUGGAGCUGUAUCGAAAGAAAAUACAGGCUAAACAGCAAAAUGAGACCAAAUCCCUGCAAGAUUUUAGGUCAAGAGUCAGGACAGAGAGAGACGAGCGGAAAAUUGAAGGAGACCUAAGAAGAAGUCAACGAGCCUGUGAGCAGUUGGAUUCUCAGAAGGGCAUCACAGUCCCCAGGGAAGAGUGGUACUGGCCUAAAGUAGGGGUUGAAGAAGAUACAGAUGAUCUUAAGGAAGAACAACAGGAGGAAGAUGAUGAUGAUAUUUGGGAAUUAACUCCAUUUGACCAACUGCAAAUGUUGACAUCCUAUUUAAGAAGGAUCCAUUUUUACUGCAUAUGGUGUGGAACGACCUAUAAUGAUCAAGAAGACUUGUCCUCAAACUGUCCUGGGGAUACAGCAGGAGACCAUGAAUGAACUUAACCAAUGUAGUGUAUCUGCAGAGCUGGAUGGAGUCUUAUACAUUGUGAAAAGGGCAAUAACAGUGGGCAGUUUUAGUAUUGACAUAUGUGGGGGGGUGAUUCUAUUACCUGUAUAUGUUUGCCCUUUGUUUGAAUCUAGAAUUUUUUUUGGUAACGAG